ACACAACGCAAUCAAAGCUAUUUUCUGGCUGCAUCUGUCACUCGCGGCGUGCGUUCAUGUCUGGCAGUCACGGAAUAUUAAAGCAGUAUUUCACUUUUAAAAAAACAACAACAGCAACAACAAAAACAUUUCCCCCCCAUAAAACAUGGGAUUCAAUCUUCUCGGUCUCAAAGCUCGGAAUUACAUUAGGAAAAGGGGGACUUGAAAAUCUUGACAGUUGACACGUGAAAUUAUCCCCAGCUGAGCGAGGAUUACCCGUGAGAUUUGUGUUUGGUGUUGCAGUUCAUCUGGAGAGAUGUAAGACAAGACGUUGUCUGGUAGCUGGCAAAUGAACGACCGGGAGACCGGACUCCGCUGGUGUGGUGCACAGUGAAAACCUGCAACAUUCACAGCUGUGCUUCACCAGCACCGGUCUAUCGGCUGUAUCUAUAACAGUGGAUUUUGUACCGCUAUAUCAUUGAUACAUGUAAUAGUGGAUUUUGUGCUCAUCCAUACCUGUAACAGUGGAUUUUGUACCGGUCUAUCGUCCAUAUAUGUAACAGUGGAUUUUGUUCCGGUCUAACAUCCAUACAUGUAACAGUGGAUUUUGUACCGGUCUAUCAUCGAUACAUGUAACAGUGGAUUUUGUGCUCAUCCAUAUUUGUAACAGUGGAUUUUGUACCGGUCUUUCAUCCAUAAUGGUAACAGUGGAUUUUGUUCCAUCAUCGAUACCUGUAACAGUAGAUUUUGUAUCGGUGUAUCAUCGAUAUUUGUAACAGUGUGUUUUGUACCAGUCUCUCAUUGAUACCCGUAGCAGUGUGUGUUUUAUACCGGUCUAUCAUUGAUACCUGUAACAGUGGAUUUUAUACCGGUUUGUGAUAAUUGAACCCACCUUAAUGGUCGGGCAGUGAUCUCGGCAUGGAUUUACUUCAUUGGCGACUUGCUGGAUAAUACUUUGUUGUUUUUCUUCUUGAAGGAGGAGGAAGUUUUUUUUUUUGUGUGUGUGUUUUUACAUUCACUGGAACUGCGAAUGGUCUCGACAUAUUUUUUCAAGUGCCAGAAGUAUGGGCCAAAUCUAUGACAAAGUACACAUGGGAGAUCAUGACAUUGAUGACCUUGAGAUGCAGGUGGUGCGGUACAAACCAGAAGGCAUUGACGUUCUUUGCCGAAAUACUAAAUUCAGCAGGAAGGAACUGCAGAUAAUGUACCGGGGCUUCAAACAGGAAUGCCCAACUGGGAUUGUAAAUGAAGACACAUUUAAGGAAAUAUAUGGCCAGUUCUUCCCUCAUGGAGAUGCCAGUGACUAUGCUCAUUAUGUCUUUAAGACAUUCGACCAUGAUAACAAUGGCAGUGUGAGUUUUGAGGAGUUUGUAAUGGGUUUGUCAGUACUAUCGCGGGGCAGUCUACAGGACAGGUUACAGUGGGCGUUUAAUCUGUACGAUAUAAACGGAGAUGGGAUCAUCACAAAGGAUGAGAUGCUCGACAUCGUGUCGGCCAUUUACGACAUGAUGGGGCGGUAUACAGAGCCCAUGAUAGACGACAGCUCGGCUAAAGAGCAUGUAGAGAGAAUAUUCAAGAAAAUGGAUAUGAAUAGAGAUGGUGUGAUAUCACUAGAAGAAUUUAUGGACACAUGUAGAAGGGAUGAAAACAUCACCAAAGGAAUGGCUAUUUUUGACACAGUUCUCUGACAGUCAGCUCUGGCCGGUGAAUCAGCGUCAAGCUCUUACAACAACAAAGAAGAACUGGACAAUUUGAGCCUCUUGUACAUAGACAUGUAAAAAAUGACAAUGUGGGCGUGGCUAAAUUGUGAUGAACAGAUCAUCAUGCAUCCACAGGCCACACCCACCUAUGUGAAAAGAAGGCUGGAUAAUUAGAUGAUACACAUCUGUCUAUGAUUACAAUUCUGGGUUUCAUGUUGGAUUUUUAAAUUUUAUUUUAAAUUUUUUUUAAAAGUGUACAAGGCUUUCCUGAAUAUUCAGGGGUUUUUUUUAAUCACAGAAAGUAUGGAAAUUAGUUAGCAAGGGCUAUCUGGCACAUGGGAAUAAAAACAAUUUGGUUACUUGCCCUUAACUCAACCAACCUUUUACACACACCUCUCACACACAACAUGACUUUGUGGCCUUCCGUGGUGAGUGAAACCUCUCUAUACCAACCAUUUACAGGACCAAUGAAGUAGAAGGUCCGGUUUUAAGAGAUGUCCAGUUUAGAGAGGUUAUUUUCUGCAUUGAUAUUUGAAAUGGGACUAUGAAAAACAUUGUUUUAAUGGAAUUAUGGUAUACAGAGGGUCUGGUUUUGAGAGGUUUCACAGUAUCCCUCAUAUAUUAUCAUGAUUAUCUGAUUUCUAAAAACCACUGGUAUGUCAAACAAGUAAACUGGUUGUUAAUUUAAUACUCCCUCCCACCACCAUCACCACCACAACUACAACCACCACAACCACCACCACCACCACCACCACCACCACCACUGGACUGUGAUUUUAGAAACCAAUUAAAAAUAAGAUAUUUAAAAAUUAAACAUGAUUAUUAUUAACAUAUUAGACUGCAUGUCUUUUAGCAUUCUAAUUAAGUUUUGGACUACAAAAAUCUGAUUUUUGUAGACAAUUUCUAAAUUGAAUAACUAAGUUACGUUUAGCUUACAUCCAAAUUUUAGACUAAAGCAAAUCUGAUACAAACAAUUUCUGAAUUAAAUACACAUGUACAUGUAAAUGAUUACUAUGUUGGACUUAGUUUUUUUUACAGAGUUAUAAAUAAGGUUUUUACAGGUUAGCUGAGACAAUUUCAGAAUUAGACAGGUGCAUGGAUUGACAAAAGGCUCGCUGUGUAUAAUAUCAUAUAUACUGUAUGGGUAAACUACCUUAUAAGGCCACACAUACACCACCAUCUUUUGCAUGCAUUUCAAUUAAUUUUCUAUAUCAGAACAAAUUCUAUGUAACAUACUACAAUAUUGAAAAGAACCACAUGUCUGCUGUUUUUAGGAAGUACAGUCACUUGAUAACCACCUUGCAAAAAAUCAAUAUAGGUUGAACACAAACAUUUUAAGCCUGAGCACGCACCGCCUUAUUUUGCUGUUAAGUGGCAGCGUAUAUGAUAUGCAUGGUUAUUAUUAUUUGGUCAUAAAAGUAACAAGUAACUUCAAACCAAUGAAAUAUUUAAAUACUACAGAUGUUGGUCUACUUAUAGUAAUCAAUAAGAUUUGAAAAGGCAUUUCUCUCUCAUUUUGCUGCAUAGCCAUUAUCAUUUAGUAAUAAAGAUAAUAAAUAAAUAUAAACCAAUGAGUUAUUUAAAUACUACAGAGGUCAUCUUACUUGUAAUCAUGGUAAGGAAAUAUUUGAAAAAACAUUUCUGUAUUUUGUAUUAUUUUUACUGAACACUUAUUUCCUAAACUGGACUGUGUUCAUGAAGCUGCUACACAAAGUAACAGAUAAUGGUGGUGUGAAACCCUAAUACUAUGCCAGAGAAGAUCUCAUUAUCUCUCCCCCCCCCCCCCCCCCAUUCAUUUACCUUGCACCCUACUGUUGCAUAUACUUUUAAAGUCAACUGCCCAAGGUAUAAGUACCUUUUUUUGUUUUACAGAAGAUGCUUUUCGAGCUAUGACAAACGCUGGUCUGACCAGAAACACAUUGAAUUUGCCAAAAUUAUUAAGUAAAAACUACAAGUUGUGAACAAUGUGUAAUUAUAUUGUAAAAAUCUGUAAUAGUAACAAUAUUUUUGUAUACUGCCUGCUAACUAUAGGGUCAAAGCCUUUAAUACAAUUAUAAUCGUAUACCUUACAUUUUGUAUACUGCAAAGCAUUACUGUAAGGUGUUGUGUGUUCAUAUUUGUACAUAUUUGUUUGUUUAUAUUUAUUUAUUUGUUUAUUUAUUUAUUUGUAAAAUAGAUAACAUAUGGGAAUUUUAAAGAGCUGAUUGGGUGAGUUUGAAUUCAUUUUCAAAUGGGAAUGCUAUGGUUUUUUCCCCACUUAUUUUUCAUUUUAAACAAUUAUUUAAUUCUAUUUUGUUUUUGUUAUAUUUUUUGGUCGGCAUCCAUUUGACAUUGAUCAGAGGUGUCAAUUCUGGCCAAAAAACAUUUCUGCUUGAAGAGUUGAUGAAUAUAAAUGCUUUGUUUAAUUGUAAUUCGUGGUGAUGUUUAAUGGCUUGAAUUUCUUCUUCCAUUAUUUACAUCACAGUGGAUGUCCCCGCCUUUUUAGCAGAGGGGGUUUGGCAGUAUAAGAACAAACCCCCUAUCAACAAUUUUUUGGUCUUUGUAAAACAAAUGUAAUAUAAUAGGUAUAAAAAUGGAAUCCCUUUCAAAGUUCCUGUUGAUGCCUUUAUAGUGUGUGUGGUUUUUAGCUUCAUAACAGACACUGUGGCACCAACCUUGUUAUACAAUUAAUGUACAUGUUUAGCUGUAUUGUUACUUUUACUUACACACAGAUUGAAUUACCUAAUUCUUAUUUUUAGUGAACUUGAUCAUAUUUAUUAAUAGGUCUGUAACAAGCUUCUGAAAAUUAUAACAAUCCUUUCCUUCACACAAGCCUAGUUCUGUAUAACCAUUAACCAUUUCUUUCUUUUUUUGUCCACACAUUGAAUUUACAACUUCAUUUACAUGGUCGCACAGGUUAUGCAAAAAACCCAAUCCAAAUGGUUUUUGUGUAACCCACAAAUAUUUUAUAUAAAUUUCCAGCUCUCAGAGACCAGUUAGAGUUUCCUAAAUAAUAUGGCACUUUGUAUAACAACUGCGUGGUUUUAAAGCACUAACAGCAUAGUAUUGAUAAAACUGUGCUUAAACUUCCAUUAAGUAGGUUUUCUUUCUGGAGAGUGGCAGACCUCAGAAUGGAGUAAGGAAAGUUUGACAGUGAUUGAAGGAAGCAAUCACAAUCUAGUCUCAGUGCAUCCUUUUGACUCGGUGUUAUGCAGGGAUAUGAUUUUAAAUAGGAUAAUUAUUUUGUUAUUCAGAUUUACCACCCUUAAUUACCCCACUGUUAUCUUGUGCCUGAUCACUAUUUCAUCAAGUGAUGGAUGCGAACAUGGAAAACCUAUUAAUGUGCCCCUAUCAUCAACACGUUCAGCCACCCCAGCUCUGACAUCGCUAGCCUUAAUGGUCCUACUGCUAUUUUGUGCCUGAUAACUAUUUCAUCAAGUGAUGGAUACAAAUAUGGAAAAACUAUUGACAUGUCUCUAUCUUCAGUAGGUUGAGGCAUGUCCUCCCGGGGCCUGUUUCUGACAUUGCCAGUGACUGGGUCCAGGAGUGGACAAGUAAUGAUGCAGGUCCCUGUGUUUAUAUGCCUCGUGGGUGGGUGAUGGCUGCAGUAACAGACCCAGGAUGAUUAUAAGGGUAGGUAGAGGAAGAGUGUUUGGAUCAGGAAGAGCAAGUUUUAAUGGAGAAUUUCUGGGAUCUAAAAAAAUCAUUUAUUCUGCAUAUUAAUAGCACGUGUCAAAUUUGUAGUGACUUCUAUCAAAUAUGGGGGCCAGGGUAGUGGACUGGGUACCAUUUGCAUAUAUCACUACAUGGCUAGGAUUUUUAAUAAUUUAGGAGUAAAAAAAAGAGUUUAUUUUACUAAUCUGUGUGAAGAAAGUGAAUAAUUCAGUUUGCCAAAUUGUAAGAUGUGAACAGUGUAUGAUAAUAUUGAUUUAUAGAAGCUGUACAGUAACUGUUGUCUUUGUCCCUUGACGAUUCACUUACAUUCCUUUCAUUUCCACACAAUUUGGAGUUUGUAGACACUAAUACAAUUUAUAGUGAUCUCAGACUAGUCACAGAAACAGAAACUAUGUUCGUUCAAAUGAGGAGUGUGUUACUGUACUAUUUUGGAGGAGGAGUUUGCAAUUGUAUACAUUUAAAUUAAUUAUUUGUUACAGUUUCCAUUUAAUUGAGGGGUUUGUAAAUGUACUAAUUUAGAGGAGUCUGCAAUUGUACACAUUUAAAUUAAUUAUUUGUUACAGUUUCCAUUCAAUUGAGGGGUUUGUAACUGUACUAAUUUAGAGGAAGAAUUUGUAACUGUACUCAUUUAAAUGGAGAUUUUGUUCCAGUACAUAUUAAUUUAAAUGAUGGAUUUGUAACUUAUAAUUUAGAGGAGUUUGUAAUUAUACUCAUUUAAAUGGAGAGUUUGUUACUGUAUUCAGUUAAAUGAAGAGUUUGUAAAUAUACAGAUUUAAAUGAGGAGUUUGUUACAGUAUAAAGAAUUUGUUUUCACAUUAUUAAUAUAAGUAUAAAAUAUAUAUACUUAUAAAAAAACAUAUUUUGAAUAUUUAUUAUUUAAAAUUUAACAUAUACAACUGUAAAAAUUGAGAUGGCUGUAUCCCCUUACCAGACAUGUAUGUGUUUGAUAAAGGAGAAAUGUUUUUGUUUUUUGACUGAAAAACACAUGGUCAUAGGAAUCAUAAUAAUAUUGUUGUCUUAAACAUGUGAAGUUUAUUAUAUAAAGUAGGAUUUUCUUCUUAAAGGUAUUAAAGCACUGAUACACAUAUUUUAAAUAGUCUUUAAAGGCUGCACUGUGUGAAUCUGGGUUUUGAACCAGUAUGAAAACUAAUUUUUAUUUUAGUAAAAUGUGACCGUUGUUGAAGAUUGCACAAAUAAAUUUGAAAUGCUCAAAACUAUGACAUUGUUAUGAGUGUGACUACAAUAUUUUUUGUCUGUCCGUUUUUAUCAUAAUUGGGAAGUUUUUAAUCUGAAGCAAAAUAAUUUGUUUCUAUAUUUUUUAAUUUUUUUUAGUGGACCCUACUUACCAAUACACAUGCAGGAUAGUUUUCAAAUGUCUUCUAAACCUAACAUAGAAGUAGAUAUAAAAAGAAAAGAAUACACAUUGGGUUUCAAUUACAAGAAGAAUUUUGUAAAAAUUAAAAAUCAGUUUAUUAAGCUCAUAUACGUGUUAGUCUGCUUCUGUGACUACAAAUCUCAAUCAGAAGGCCACUUGACACAGUGGUACUGGAUUGAAUGAAAUGAUUUACAUGUAUUACCCACAUAAAACAAACAAACAACUAAUUUACUAAUGGCAGGACUGGUAGUAAGUGUGCUAGUAAAGAAAGGAAAGGAAUAUUUGUCUAACAACACCCCAGCACAUUUUAAAUUCAAGUUAUUUGGUGGUCGUCUAACAUGGGUAUUUUGGCUCUUGGUUGAGAAAAGAAACCAAAUGCUGCUACUAAGAUUACUACUUCCAAAAUGAUUCAAGGGAACUUAUUUGUGUAUUUUUCCAUAAAUAGGACAUUACAUACCAUAACCUUUGGUAAACUACUCAUCUGAUCAUAUCCACCAGGUCUGAUUUAUUAUCCACAGGUUUUUAUCUGUCUCAGUUCAUCCAUUUUUAUAUCAGUAAAAUACAGUUAGCUCUGGAAAGACAAUUAUAGAUUGCUAUUGUCAUUAGAAAAUAUUGAUUAUCCUUGCAAAACUGGAUAUCACAAUGUUAGCAGGCUGCACAUUUUGGAGGAUUUCAUACUUUUGUGAAUCCCAGAUUUGAGGUCAAAAGCAUACAAUAAUGAAUUGGAAUCCCCAAAUAUCUGUAUUAAAUCAGUUCAGGAUUCCAGUGGAAUCAUAAUUUAUUUAUUUAUUUUUUUUACCAAAUUCCGUGUCUGCAUGGUUAGAGAUCUGGGCCCUCUUCCACAAAACAAUCUUAGCACUAAGAUCACCUUAAGAGCAUAAGAUAGUUAUGCACAUAAGACGAUCUUAGUACUAAGAUCACUUUGUGGAACAGAACCCUGGCAUAUUAAUUAAGGGCUACCUAUAGCAUGAAUACUAAGUAGUUCUAUGUUAGGUUUAAGACUGUCAGCUCCCCCUUGUAUCUUUCAUUACCAUUAACUCCACUGAGUGUUUGCUAUGUGAUGUUUCUUAUUCUUGGUGAUCUUUAAAUAAAAUAUUAAAACUGCUGUAUUCAAACCUCUGUAGUUUCUGACUGUUAAAAUGGUGUACAUAUUAAUGGUAAUUAAUGAUCACUUAGAAUAUUUAUUUCCUCAUUCUUCUUUAUAGUAGAUCUAUACAUAGAUUUAGUCUGUUAAGAAUUAGUGACAUGUAAGAAAUACCAAUCUAAAUAUACUCAGUUAGAAAAGAAAUGUAUUGUUCAUAAUAAUACUAAAAUGUGUUAUUUUUACAUGGUGAUGUGAAAUAAACAGAAAAAUACAAAUGUUUUGUCAUUUGAAGCUAACAGAUAUUUAAAAGAAAAGAGUAUUUGUUUUGUUAAUAUAAUAUGUGAUCAUUUACACUUUGGGGAUUAUCUAGAGGGUAUAUAUAGAAUACUACACUUGGUUUUACUAGAUAUCAUUAUCUAGAGGGUAUAUAUAGAAUACUACACUUGGUUUUACUAGAUAUCAUUUACACUUUGGGGAUUAUCUAGAGGGUAUAUAUAGAAUACUACACUUGGUUUUACUAGAUAUCAUUUACACUUUGGGGAUUAUCUAGAGGGUAUAUAUAGAAUACUACACUUGGUUUUUACUAGAUAUCAUUUACACUUUGGGGAUUAUCUAGAGGGUAUAUAUAGAAUACUACACUUGGUUUUACUAGAUAUCAUUAUCUAGAGGGUAUAUAUAGAAUACUACACUUGGUUUUACUAGAUAUCAUUAUCUAGAGGGUAUAUAUAGAAUACUACACUUGGUUUUACUAGAUAUCAUUAUCUAGAGGGUAUAUAUAGAAUACUACACUUGGUUUUACUAGAUAUCAUUUGGGGAUUAUCUAGAGGGUAUAUAUAGAAUACUACACUUGGUUUUACUAGAUAUCAUUAUCUAGAGGGUAUAUAUAGAAUACUACACUUGGUUUUACUAGAUAUCAUUUGGGGAUUAUCUAGAGGGUAUAUAUAGAAUACUACACUUGGUUUUACUAGAUAUCAUUUUUACGAAACAAGUGAACUAUCUAUGUUGGUAUCUGACCAAACGGCAGUGAGGUCAGAUACCAUGGGAAGUUCACAAGUUUUGUAAAAAUGUUGUCUGAUGAAAACGAGUGUAGUAUUUUAUUUAUUACCAUCAAAUAAUGUACAAUUUGACAAUUACUUCCAACAUUACCCAACGAGACAUGCAAAUGCACACAGCCAAAACCAGUUAAGAUGAUGUCACUUACCAAAAUAACAUCAUUUAGCAACUAAUAAUGCACCACCAGGUGCAUACGAAAUUUAUACGACAUACACAGAUGUUCACCAGGUGGGUAAUAAUUGUAUUUAUUGACAUUUCUUUUGUCACUCAGUAUAGAUGAAAUUAUUGUCUUUGACAGUUUAUUUGGAAAAUGGGGAUUUGACCAAAUUAAUACAUGUUUAUGAAUUAUUGUUUUACUUCCCUCCAGGGCUGGGUCUUGAGAAACAUAAUGAUUACAAUUAAAAGAAUCAGAGCACAGAGAUGUAUAGAAUCUUCUACAGACAACAAUGGCAGUUGUAACCUCACAAAGGGCAGUUUUCAUAUUUUUGUUGCCCCAUUAGGCACAAGUCUUCUUCCUAAGAAAUUCAUAAAUGUUGUUUUGCACACAUGAAUAUGAUCAUGUAUUUACUAUCAGACAACUAUGGAAGACAACUAGAUGUUGUUAAAGUUAUUAAGACGGUAGGAAGAUAUGUCACAGAGAUGCAUGUAGCAUAUUUUUUUAUAACACGUGUGAUAUAUGAUAGUUACUGCACCCUUUUGUUUUAGACCAUAUUGAUAAUUAAUACAGUGAUACGCUGGUAUGUAUAUGUUGUUUUAUCUGCUUGUUCAAGCACAGAUACAUGGUCACUUCCUUGUCAAUGAUUUUUUUUUAAAUAUUUGAUUCUCAUGAUGUACAUUAACAUGUUUGAAUAUACUUUAUUCCACAACUUUUUCCAUGGAUUUAUAUGAUGAAUGAUGUAUUAUUGAGCCAGAAUAAAUGUUAACAAUAUU